AUGCUCCUGGUCGAUACUGCCCCGUACUUGGCUGUCAAGUCGUCGUUUACGGACUUCUGUGAUGGUAUCUACCACCACCAAGGUUCCCUGAUGGCUGCUGACGCCCCUCCCGCUCCCCCGGGUGCUGCCGCUCAUCCUGGUGCUAGCACCAUCAUGAUUGAGCAAGUAGGCCGUAUCACCGAUGUCCUCGCCAAGUCUGUCAACCGGUCCUCCAAGAAAGAACUAGAAGUUGAGGAGGUGGCCAGAGAGGUCAUGACCCAUUGGCAGAUUGCCCUGGGCUCUGUUGUUCCUAGUGCUGAUGGUACAACUUGUGUCUUUCGUCCCGCCACCCUUACCCCGGCGGCUGGACCAUUCUUUACCAAGCGUUCCUCUGCUGCGGCGGCCCGUUCCCUCCAAGAAAUGGUGGCAGCAGCCCUUGAAACGGCUGCAGCCAGCACCCAAUACCUUGAUGCCCUAGUUGAUUUCCCCAAGCAUUUGUGCAACAUUGCUAUGUCUGAGGCUAUUCGGAAUUACGACUUCUUCACCGAUGCCACCGUUACGUCUGUUGACCCCCUCAAACACCAGUUGUCGCUGCUCCCUUUCCUCUCGGUUGAUGCUACUGGCGUGGCCUACCGUGAUCUCGAGCUCUCUGGACUCAAGUUCGCCCAGUCAGUUGCUGCUUUCACAGAAAAGGACCCUUAG